AUGUCAGAGACACAGGGCAAAUUCCCGACGCCACCCGUAAAAAUCACCUGGCUACAAAAUAAAAGCCAGUACAUAAUGCAUCUCAGUUUUCAAUCACAUAUAAUAAUAGCCGCUAUACUCCGUCUUGCGCUUAUUUUCUAUGCCCACGUACACGACACCAGAUCGGCAGUGCCAUAUACAGAUAUAGACUACAAUGUUGUAACGGACGGCGCUCGGCUAGCUUUAAUCGGAGAUACACCCUUUGCACGGCACACCUAUCGUUACAGUCCCAUUAUGGCAUAUAUUCAAAUUCCAAAUGUUAUUUGGCAUCCUGCAUGUGGAAAAUUAUUUUACGCUGUGUUUGAUUUACUUCUUGGAAUACUUAUUUAUGCCUUAGUGCGUUUUGAGUUGCAGCUGCAAUAUCAAAAGGAACUCAAAUAUUUACAAAUUAAAUGUGGUAAAUCAAUGCAGAUAGAACCCACGAACUCGCACAAAGAAUGUAAAGGAACAGAAAAAAUAGCCCGCAUCUCUGCCUGCUUUUGGCUCUACAAUCCGCUUACGGCAGUAAUAUCAACUCGUGGUAACGGCGAUAGUGUAACCAGCUUCUUUGUGUUACUAAGCAUAUAUCUACUGAUUAAAAUUGAUCAUCAAAUAUCCAAAUCCUUGAUUGCUUUCUGUGCCGGUCUGGUCCACGGAUUCGUGAUACACUUACGCCUUUACCCAAUAGUUUUUAGUUUAACAUACUAUUUGAGCUUAUCGGCUGUCGUUUCACGGAAACCUCGUGGACUCCUUCAAAUGAUUUUGCCUAAUAAGCAGCAGUUUUGCCUUGUGCUCGGAACAUUAUUAGGACUAGCAGCUUUUACUUGGACUUUUUAUGCACUGUAUGGAUGGAAGUAUAUGUACGAAGCCUAUUUUUAUCACCUUGUGCGAAAGGACGUGCGACACAAUUUUUCGCUGCAUUUCUUGCUGCAAUACCUGAGCAAUGCGGAUGGAGUUGAUGAAUCCAAUCUAAUAGUAAAACUGCUUGUGGUAGUGCCGCAGUUAAUACUUAUACUAUACUUAAGCCUAAGUUUUGGACGAUUUCAGCAGACAUUACCAUUUUGUGCGUUUAGUUUGGCUUUUGUCAUCGUGACUUAUAAUUCAGUUGUUACUUCACAGUACUUUAUUUGGUAUUUGGCUGUGCUGCCGGUGUGCAUAAAAAAUUUUCAGCGUCUGUCGUUGGUCAGAUGUGCAUCACUUCUUGUUCUUUGGUUAUGCGGUCAAGCUCUAUGGCUUUUACCCGCAUAUUUAUUAGAGUUUAAAACAUGGCAUACUUUUUAUUGGAUUGGUAUACAGAGUUCCGUGUUUUUUUUAAUUAACAGCUAUAUUUUAUCCCAGCUGUUAAGGAACUAUAGACUUAAAUCCUUAAAUAUUAAUUGUACAAAAUGUUUAUAAAGAAAUAAAAAAUAAUAUAAAUAA